AUGCUAUACUAUAGCACAGAUGUUUUGAGAAACUCUCCGGUCCUCCCGCCCUCACCUCCUUAUAUGCAAGACAUACUCAACUAUCCCCAUCUCGCCACCCCCCUCGAGCUUCGGUCCUUAUAUAGCAUGCUAGAACCUAGCUACAUGUAUAUCCAAGCUCAGCACAUCCCCUACAUCCACAGCACAAGCCAGGACAAGGAGGCGGCCAAGGAAACGGCCAAGCAGCAAGCAUGCAAGCACAUACUGUACCCUUAUAAUACGACUGUCACAACAACCUCCGGGCCCAUCACCUCCUUAUAUGCAAGACAUACCCGACUGUGCCUUGCCAUCCUACACCCUCAAGCUCCAGUCCAUAACAUGCUAGAUCCUAGCCAUCGUCGCUCCUCAUCUAGAUCCCGUAGUGGAUUCGCCUACCCCAACCCAGAUCCGAAGCAAGACCAAACCCCAAAUUCAAACAUAGACACAAACAACCGUUAUAUCUAUAUUCAUCUCUCUCGUGUUAUCAAUAUCGUCCUCGCUCAGCCCCAAUCUGCACUAGCGCCGGAUUCCCCGCGGCCGCAUAAUCGACCUAUCCUAUCAGAGACCAGCACAAAAAAGCUUGGACAUUAA